AUGGGCGACCCUGAGACCGGAAGGACUGUAAUUAAAUUCAACCACUGCCAGAAAUGCAUCUACAGCUUCACUGUGCCCAGGUGCUGUCCCCUCUGCCUGCAGGAAGUAAGCUCCAGGACGCUGGAGCAAGCCCCUGUCAGCAUCUUCAGCCCCUUUACCAAUGGCCAUCAGGAGAAAUGUUCCUUCCUCCUCAGACCAACUUUGGGAACCUUUCUUAGAGAGUAUGAUGGAAAGUCUGAUCUUCAUGUUGGAAUAACAAACACAAAUGGGGUGGUGUAUAAUUACAGCAUACAAGGUGUCCACCGUGAUGAAGCAGGGUGGGAACAGAGCAUAAACAUCCCAUUGCUGCAGCCCAACAUGUAUGGACUGAUGGACCAGUGGAACAAGUACCUGGAGGAAUUCUCCAACUCAGGGAUCUGGCUGCCUCACAGGUAUGAUGAAGACAACCAUAACUGUUACAGUUACACCCUCACAUUCGUCAACAGCAUUCUGAGUAUUGAGGGUAAGGAGCAGCUAGACAAGACUGACUUCACAGAGACCUAUGUGCUCCCAAGGACAAGGAAGGCCUCCAAGUAUAUCAUGCUUUAUCGGGCCAUAGAAGAGCUUGGCUUCUGUAUAAAUGACCCUCCCCAGAAUGAGACAAAUCUACCUUAUGGAAGAAACAUGCAGAGCAUAUGA